AUGGCCGAUGAAAAUAGUAUCUGCAGUUCAAGAGCAAGAAUAAAAAGAAAACUCAUAAUGCAGGAGAAGAGGAUGAAAGCUACAUACAAAAAUCAGAAGCGCGUUGAAAACAAAAUGCCAGAUUGUACCCCAUUAGCAGAUGUAACAACUUAUUAUGUUAAUCAAGAUACGUUUCAUAUGGAAUCACAAGUUGGAUCUUCUGAUAUUAGAUUCAGGAAUGUUCAAAGAAAUGUUACAGGCUCACGAAAGAAGCCUCAAAGUUUGCUUCACAAGUUUGAAGGCACUGUGAAUAAUGUGACUAACAUAAAUCAAGGGAAUAUACCAAGUCAAUCAUUUAUAUUGGAAGAUGUUCAUGAAGUAGAAUCAUAUUCAGAUGAGUCUGAAUCGCUUGGUCAAACAGUAGAAGAACUUCAACUAAUAAUUAUAUUAAUUUCCAAAUUGUAUGCAGAUAUAGGAGAUCUGAUAUAUGUUUGUCAGCAUUGCAAUGCAUAUAUGUGGUAUCAAGAACGCAUUGGCAAAUCUCAUCAUAUGAUUAAUCCGAACUUUCAGCUAUGUUGCUCAAAUGGAAAAGUUGAAUUGCCAAUGUUGAAAAAACCCCCGGAUGAGCUAAGUGAACUUUUAUUUCAAUCAGAUUCAAAACAGAGCAGAACUUAUCAGAAGAAUAUUAGAACAUACAACAUGAUGUUUGCAUUUACAUCACCUGGAGCAAAAAUUGACAAUAAAUACAACAAUGGAGGUGGUCCACCAAAUUUGAGAAUCCAAGGACAAUCAUGCCACAGAAUUGGUAGUCUUCUUCCACCAAUUGGACAACAGCCAAAGUUUGCUCAAUUAUAUAUUUAUGAUACUGAAAACGAGAUACACAACAGAAUUCAAUCUCUAAGGAACAACAAUGAUAUUGAUGCUGAAAUUGUUAGAACAUUAACAAACAUGCUAGAUAAGUACAAUGUCCAUGCUAAAUCUUUUCGUAUGGCAAGGGACAAAUAUGCGGAGCAGCCAUGUCAUGAUCUUAAAUUGAAACUUAUUGCUGAUAGGCAUAACGAUGGACGUAUAUACAACAUCCCCACCGUUUCAGAGGUUGCUGCAUUAAUAGUAGGAGAUGUUGACACUGCAUCUCCUAGGGAUAUUAUUAUGGAAAGCAGAGGAAAAUUACAAAGAAUAAACGAGUUGCACACAAGCUACUUGGGAUAUCAGUAUCCGCUGCUGUUUCCCUAUGGUGAAGAUGGAUAUAGGCAUGAUAUUAGUCAUCGUGAUUCUUUGGCACUCAAACGUAACCGCUUAACAAUUAGGGAAUGGUUUUGUUUCAGAAUUCAAACCCGACAAUGUGAGCCAAUGACCAUUCUUAGAUCGAGAAGAUUAUUCCAACAAUUUGUUGUAGAUGGAUAUACAAUGAUUGAGUCUGAAAGACUAUCAUUCAUCAGAAACAAUCAGUCCAAGCUGAGGGUUGACAAAUAUAGUAACCUCUGCCAACCAACCAAUGAGAGCUACACAGAAGCUUCACAAAAAGGAAAACGUUUUGUGCUUCCAUCUAGCUUUGUCGGUGGUAGGAGAUUUAUGGAUCAAUUAUAUUUUGAUGGGAUGGCAAUAUGUGGUCAUGUAGGAUUCCCAGAUCUUUUUGUAACUUUUACUUGCAAUCCAAAAUGGCCAGAGAUUUGCAGAAUAUUGAACCCUUUAAAAUUAAGUCCUUCAGAUAGGCCAGAUAUCAUUGCAAGAGUUUUCAGAAUCAAAUUUGACCAACUAUUGUCAGAUUUAACAAAGAAGAACAUAUUGGGAAGGGUCAUAGCAUACAUGUAUAGUAUUGAAUUCCAGAAACGUGGUUUGCCACAUGCUCAUUUGUUGUUAUUUUUGCAUCCAUCAAGCAAGUACCCGACAGCCAUGGAUAUUGACAAAGUAAUCUCAGCUGAAAUACCAUGUGCCAAAGAAGAUACAAAAUUGUAUAACUGCGUAAAAGAACAUAUGAUUCACGGCCCAUGUGGAAUGUCUAAGAUAUCAUCUCCAUGCAUGAAAAAUGGAUCAUGUUCUCGAUUUUAUCCAAAGAAAUUUGAAGAUACUACAACAAUUUCAGAAGAUGGUUUUCCUCAUUAUCGCAGAAGAAACAAUGGUGUUAGCAUUGUGAAGAAUGAUAUUGCACUAGACAAUCGAUUUGUGGUUCCUUACAAUCCUACAAUAUUAGUCAAAUAUCAGGCUCAUGUCAAUGUAGAAUGGUGCAACCGUUCUAAUUCAAUCAAGUACUUAUUUAAGUACAUCAAUAAGGGUUAUGAUAGAAUUACUGCUGCCAUUGUUUCUAAUGAGAACCAAGGUUUUUCAACUGAUAUUCCAAGGGAUGAAAUCAAACAAUAUAUUGAUUGUAGAUAUAUUUCUCCAUGCGAAGCAUGUUGGAGAAUAUUUUCAUUUCCAAUUCAUGGAAGAAAUCCAGCUGUUGAACGAUUGUUUUUUCAUCUACCAGGCGACCAAUCUGUGUACUUCAAGGAUGAUGAUGACAUUGAUGAUAUCAUGGCAAAACCGACAGUUAGGGAGUCCAUGUUCACCAGUUGGAUGGAGUGCAACAAGAAAUAUUCAGAUGCAAGGGAACUAACAUAUCCACAAUUUGUUACUAAGUAUGUGUAUAAUAAGAAUCAAAGGUGUUGGAAACCAAGGAAAAAAGGAAAUACCAUUGGAAGACUUAUUUGGGUUCCCCCUGCAACUGGUGAACUUUUCUACCUAAGAAGGAUGCUAACAAUUGUUAAAGGUCCAAUAUCCUACAUAGAUUUGCGAACUGUUGAAAGCAUAACUUAUCCUACAUUUAGAGAAGCAUGUGAAGCUUCUGGAUUUUUGGCAGAUGAUAGAGAAUACAUCGAAGCUAUCAAGGAAGCCAAUGAAUGGGGAUCUGGAAACUUCUUGAGGAGAUUAUUCGUAACUAUGCUCAUGUCAAAUAGUAUCAACAAACCUGACGAAGUUUGGAAGAAAACAUGGGAAAUGCUUUCUGAUGGAAUUCUAUAUAAUGAAAGAAUUAUUGCACGAAAUCCAGCCCUCAACCUGAAUUUUGAACUACUGAAAAAUUUAACUUUGAUUGAAAUUGAGAAGCUUUUACAGAACAAUAGGAGAUCAUUAAAGGAAUUUCCCUCCAUGCCUUAUCCUAAUGAUUUUGCAGUAAAUUACUGUGGCAACCGAUUAGUGUAUGCUGAACUUGAUUAUAACAAAGAUGAUGAACUACGUAUCUUUGAAACAAAUUUUAGCAGUAUGACAGAUGAACAAAGACAUAUUUUCCAAAAGAUUAUAAAUGCUGUGCAUGAUGAAAAAGGGGGCAUGUUCUUUUUAUAUGGAUAUGGAGGAACUGGAAAAACAUUUAUGUGGAAUACAUUAUCUUCUGCUCUUCGUUCUGAAGGAAAAAUAGUUCUAACAAUUGCAUCAAGUGGUAUAGCGUCUUUGUUAUUGCCUGGAGGUAGAACAGCUCAUUCAAAAUUUAAAAUUCCAGUUCCAACACUUGAACACUCUGUCUGCAACAUUACAAAAGGUAGUGAACUAUCAGAUUUGAUGAAAUUGGCAAACCUCAUAAUUUGGGAUGAAGCACCAAUGGCACACAAGUUUUGUUUUGAGGCACUAGAUCGAACUUUAAAAGAUAUCAUGAAAGAACACAACAAAUCAGAUUUCGUUUUUGGUGGCAAAGUAAUAGUAUUUGGAGGGGAUUUUAGACAAAUUCUUCCUGUUAUCCCUCGAGGAAGCAGGUCUGAUAUUGUUCAUGCAACAAUCAACUCAUCUUAUCUUUGGGAGCAUUGCCAGAUUCUAAACUUGACCAAAAACAUGCGACUGUUACAGCAGGGAUUGCACAGCUCUACUGUUGCUGAAAUUGAAGAGUUUUCUUCGUGGAUAAUAAAAAUUGGUGAUGGUUCACUGAAUGAACCUAAUGAUGGCUUAGUAGAUAUAGAAAUCCCUCCAGAAUUUCUAAUCAAAAACUUCAAAGACCCUAUCCAAGCUAUAAUCAAUAGCACUUAUCCACAACUACACCAAAAAUUCAAUGAUGAGAUGUUUUUGAUAUCACGAGCUAUUCUAGCCAGUCGAAUUGAGACAGUGGAUGAAAUCAAUAAAUCUGUUCUGGAUUCUAUUCCAGGUGAAGUUAAAGAGUACCUCAGCGCAGACUCUAUUGAUACAUCAGAUACCGUGGACGUUGAUGUAUAUGACGGUAUUACACCAGAAUUUUUAAAUUCAUUGAGAACAUCGGGAUUACCAAAUCAUAGUAUAAAACUCAAAGUUGGCACACCAAUAAUGCUUUUGAGAAAUUUAGAUCAAUCUGAAGGUCUCUGUAAUGGAAGUAGAUUAGUAGUUACCAGACUAGCAAAGCAUGUAAUUAGUGCAAAAAUUAUAACUGGGAAAAACAAAGGAACAGAAGUUUACAUCCCGCGUAUGUCUAUGUCUCCAUCUCAGUCACCAUGGCCAUUCAAGAUGAUUAGAAGACAAUUCCCAAUCAUGCUAUCUUAUGCUAUGACCAUAAACAAAUCUCAAGGUCAGUCUUUAGAUUGUGUUGGAUUGUAUCUGCCUACACCAGUUUUCAGUCAUGGUCAGUUAUAUGUUGCAGCUUCCAGAGUUAAAAGCAAGUCUGGAUUAAAGAUUUUAAUCCAUGACACCGACAAUAAGCCUUUGACUGCUACCACAAAUGUAGUUUUUAAAGAAGUUUUCAACAAUGUGUAA